GUGGCUGCGAAGGGUAUUCUUCUUUUGGAACGACAAGGGAAUAACACACCUGACAUUGCGCCAGUACAUGCGCUUCCUCUACGACCUCUACACAAAGCCCGUGAACAAAGUGAUCAUCCAAGCCUACAACCAAUAUGGUCGCGUGUACGGCUCUUACCAAGGCCUGGCACCAACUCUCGUGAUCGGGGAUCCAGACAUCUUGCGAGAGAUCAUGGUGACGAAAUUCAAGAAUUUCUCUGAUAGAUCGCUAUCUCAGUCCUUGGGGACGGAAGUAUGGAAGAAGUCCAUCAUGAACCUGUCCGGAGAGGAAUGGAAGAGAGCACGAACAAUCUUUACGCCGGCGCUCACGGCAACCAGACUUAAGACGAUCUUGGUGAAGGUAAAAACUGUCGCAGGAAAGAUGACGUCACGAGUCAAGGAAGCGGUGGCAAAGGAUGAGCUCGUGGACUUCAGCGGGCUCGCCACCAACACGGCACUCGACAUCACAGCUGCCUUGAACUACAGUAUCGAUAUUGACAGCGAGAAUGACACGAGCCACCCAAUCAUCAAAUCUUUGGAAUCUAUUUAUAUGAGCACGGGCGGCUGGAGAGUGGUAAUGUUGUUUCUCAUGCCAUCACUGAGCAAGAUUGUGAGGCCUGACUAUCCCCCAAAGGCGUCCACCGAUUUAUUCAAGGCAUUUGUUUCGCUCUUGAUGGAAGAACGCAAGUCCAAAAACCAGGAACAAGACGACUUUCUCCAAAUUUUCAUGAACGCUGAUUACAACUGGGAGGAGAGUGUACAGGAGAAACCCGAGAAUCCUCAAGGAAGAAAAAUGACACUCGAUGAGAUAACUGCACAGUUGCUGGUGUUCUUCGUGGCUGGCGUUGAGACGGUAUCAACGGCCCUCAGCACCACCGCUUACUACCUGGCCCUCAAUCCCGAAUGCCAAGACAGGGUCAUUUUUGAAGUGGACAAGGCAGUGUCAGAGGGGGAGAUCACGUACGAUAACCUGCAGGAGAUGCCUUACCUUGAAGCCUGCUUCAAAGAGGCGUUGAGACUUUGUACUCCCGACUCAAUCCUCGUGCGCCUCUGCACGGAAGAAACCACAGUGGCUGGAAUUAAUUUCAAGCCGGGAAUGUCCGUAGACAUUCCCGUGGCAGGAAUCCACCAUGAUCCGGAAAAUUUUCCUGAACCGGAGAAGUUCAACCCAGACAGGUUCAUGCCAGAAAACAAGGACUCCAUAAAGCCAUUCACUUACAUGCCUUUCGGUGCCGGACCUCGCAACUGCGUCGGCAUGCGCCUCGGCAUGGUCCAAGCGAAGACAACUCUCGCCUGCCUGCUUCAGCACGUCAGGCUCGAAACGUGCCCUGAAACAAUGAUUCCACUCAAGCUGAAGCCUGGACAAAUACUCCCUUUCUUCGAUGGCCCAUUGCUCCUACGGGCUGUGCCUCGUCAGCGCUCGUGAUGCAGUGUUUCAUAAGGGUCCAGGAUGUGUUUGAUAUGAGGAGCGUGAUUUGCGCACAAAACAGGACUUGUUUCUGGACAACUUGGCCAAGGUUGCUGCUGAGUGUUUCGAACGCCGUGAAAAACCACCUGCGUGCAUACAGAACAAUGGGUGUGCAAGCACAGCUACCCACUGCCUCAUAAAACGAGUCUCUGAAAAGAAACAGGAUGAUUACGCACUUUUGUUCAGAGUGACGACAUCGUUAUAUAUUUUGUUUUGCAAUAAUAAAAGUAAUAAAAAAGGUGAAAUAAAA